AUGGUUGGCCUGUGGUUGAGGUGGGGAGCUUGUGCGGGGAACACAUGCGCAGAACACGACCUGUGCACAGCCAAACUCACAGGCACAGCUGACGGCAGUGGGCUGAAAGAAGUGAGCGGAAUGGCAAAGUAAAGGGUGAGUUUUCUUGGUUUAAAUCUGUCUUUUUGGAGGCAAGUAGAUUAUGGGAACAACAAGAUCAAUUGCUGAGGAAAUCCAGUCAGAGUAACCUAUUAAACAUGAUUCUUGAGAGUAUGUAAAGAAAUCAACAAACAACUCGUGAUCGUACUGUGUCAGUCACUAACCGGUGAAUGUUUUUUUUUUAGAUACUGAACGUCUAAGACUUAAUUUUGCUGAAAAUCCUAUUUUCUGCAUAUGUCUUUUCAUUUAAACCGACCUUGUUUGAAAUGAAAUCAUUCAGGUUAUGUUUUUAUAUACACUUAAAGCUAGUAAAUAAUAGUUCUGUUAGAUUUUGGAGACGGUUUACCACUUUGAUUAAUUUUAGCUUAAUUUUGUCUGCACAGCGAGAUCGGAGAUGGCGAGUUACCGCUUGAAUUUGCAGUGUUAGGAGGUUUGCGGUGUGAUUAGUUUCGUAACGUGGGCCCCUUGUUUGUUCUUUCGAAGAAUUUAGAACUCGGUAAGUCAGAAUUUAUUUAAAUGCUAACUUUAUCGUUGGCUUAACUUGUAUUGCACUGAUUUCGCUACUUGUCAAAUUCGCUACGUUCAAGUUCGCUCCUACAUAAGCUUACUGGGCUCGCUGCUUAUUGGUAAAGUCCAAAACUUGCACCUUCAGAGGGGCAAGCGUAAAAGAACACGAAAUUCAGUGAAAUAUUCUUUUAUAGUGGGAUUAAGGAAAUAUAUUUAAUGGUUUGUAGGAAGUAACAUCUACCAUGGGAUGUAUCGAACAGGUAGCGAAAUGGAACGUAGAGAACUCGACUAUUGGCGAAAGCCAAUGUUACUAAAGCCCUUUCACAGCUUUAUAGACCUUUUCACAGUUUUUUCAACUUUUGACAUGGCCAAUUUGGGGAAAAUCUGUCAAUGCUACUGGAAAAAGUGCCUUCAUACGAGUAAAAUUGCCAAAUAUAAAAGUGAUACCACGUGAUACGUCUUAACAAAGGCAUGGCGUGACCAUUUUGGCAAGUACACGCAUGGGUCCAUAUGGUCUCAAAAACUUCGUACAAAAUAAGGUUCCUUUCCUUUAAUACAUAUUUUGGCAGUUUACAGGCUUGUUUACAAUAGAAUGUGAUAUUAAAUAAAGCUUUUAGGCACCGGUCAUUAUUUAUUUAGAUGGGUGGAGGUGGGGGAGGGGUCAAGGCUAUUUCAGAUUGGCUAGAGGGGGGAGCUAAGCUUUUUUAUGAAGAAGUUUAGGUGGUCAGUAGUUGGAUCGCAAGGUAUAUUUUCCAAAUUUCCAAAUGUUUGUUUGUCUCUUUGUAUAUAUUUGACCAUGGUUACUGAACUGUUCACCAUGACUUUCUUCAGCUGAGACUUUUUCCUUUCAAACCUCUUCUUCCAAACUUGACAAUUCUUUGACUCUUUGCUCACAGUUCAGUAUAUCUGAAGGACUAGAAAGGGAGGUUAGAUAUUUGCCAAAGCGAUCAUUAAUGUCAUCAGACAACAUAUAUUUCAGAUUCCUUUCCACUUUCUCUAUCUUGUUCUUUAUUUCCCACCUCUUGCCACACUCCAUGAUUAAAUAAGUCUCAAAUUCUGAUUCACUCAUAUGACAUCUUCCCUCAAACAACCCAGGUGAAAACUGGGCACUGGUCCAUGCGAUACACUGAUUUUGUAAUAGAGUAGGGUUAGGUUGACUGUUAUGCAAAGUAACUACCGUAAAUCAGAUUAUGAGUAGUAUGUUACAUACAUUUUAAUAAUUACUUUGGAGAGCAUAUGAGGAGAUAUGUGGUGGUGGUGGUGGUGGUGGUGGGGGGUCAUCACAUAAGUAUUAAAUAAAGAAGGGGGGUCACUUGCUAUUUACAUGGUCUAUAGGGGGACGUUACAGAAAUUUUGAUCUUUCCAACAUAUUUUUCCCUCCCCCCCUGCAUAGAUAAUGACUGGUCCCUUAAAAUGUUCUUCUUUGAGCUGGUACUGGAAUGUUUACAAGCACAAAGUGAGGCACCUUCCCUUUUGUUAUGCAAAUUUAUAAAAUAACUAAAAUAGUAUGGGCGCUCUGAUUGACCGAGAGGAGUGUUUGCAUGACAGUAUGUAAACAUGGUUCGGUUGUGGCGUCAAGACGUAUUGGUUUUUGCGCGCUGAUCACGCGAGCAUGACUUUGAAAAAGUUUUUGAGUUCAAAACUCAACAAGUUUACCUUAGUUACCUAUUCCUUCGUCAGCUGAAACUUGGAAAAUCUUUACAAACAAGCUGUGUCAAUUUUUUUUCGCUUAAGCUGACAUUUUAAGCGAGAAAAAUCCUUAUUUUGGAAAGCAUCUUUAUGCAAAACAAGAACUGAUUGCAAGACUUCGUGUAGAAGACUUUGCGACUGGUAAGAAUUCAUCUUUUAAUCAGGGCACAACAAAGAGCUCAUCUGUCAUCAUAAUCACGUAGUGAAGUCUAAAAGCCAAAUGAGUGCACCAAAUAAACUUCCAAAGUGCUGAAUCACUCAGGUGAAAUUCAAAUAAGAUGUUUCGUGCAAAUGCUGAACAAAAAUUUUGCAAAACAUUAUUAUGUUGGGAAUAAUAGAUUACACAUGCAGCUCUAUUGUCACUUUAGUUUUUUUUGCUUGUGGCUAAGACAAAUGACCACUUAAAGUGUACUUUUAGUAGGGAAAGAGCUUUUAAAUUUCAUUUAGCUCAACAUAUGAGGAUGGUGGCAAGGAGUGUGGGUUAUUGGCACAAGACAGUGCUGAGAAAAUGACGCAAAAAACAUGUGCUUUCCAGCUAUGGAUAACCUGCGACUAAGAGGCUUAUUUUUAAGUGGGGGGGGGAAAGAACUCCCUAACAAAAGGGAAGAAGGACUGCCUGAUCACAGGAUGGGCCAUGGACUACUUCUUUUUUAUGGACGUUCCCUUCGGAGGUAUUUGAUUGUUUCAAUGUUGUGGUUUUACCUCCUGCCAAUUGUGGUUUGCUAAUCAAGAAUACAUGUGCUGUCAUUGAAAUUUACAUUAGAGAUUAAGAAAUGUUUAAGGGUCUUUUUCUUACGUUGGGCACUAAAUAUGAAAGAACUAUUGAUGGAAAUUAUAUCUUUGUCAGAACUGAAAGGGAUACUUCUUUCAAGCAGGUGAUAGUUACUGAAGACCUUCCAGCUAAAUGCCAUUAUUCAAAGAACUCUUAAUCAUGAAAAUCAGUGUGCAGUAUCAGUGUGCAAAGAAAGUAGUGUCCAAUAGCCUGGGGAUAGUUGAUUUUGCUAUCGGGUUAGUGAAUUUUGUUCUCAACUUGCCUGAUGGGCAAGUGAAGUUUUUUGAGGAAUUCAAAUAACAGAAGAACUGUGAAAUCAAUUUUGCUCAUCAAUAUGUUUUUGGGGUAGUUGAAAUGAUGUUUGGGCUAGUAUAUUCUAGCUUCAGCUUACCCGAAUGGCAAGCUGUAAAAAUGACUUUCUUUGCACCCUGGUGGUAUGGACCUUUCAAUAGACUUGGUGUUCCACAACUCUCCCUAGCAUAAACAUAAGUACUGUUUAGUCGGAAUAAAAAGUAGUGUGAGAAACAAUUUAUGUAAAUAGAGUUUUGUUAGCCUGAGACUGCAUAAUUUUUACAUGCUUUGGUUUGGUUAUCUAUUUCUUGUAAUUAACCAUUUCACAGCAUUACACACGUUUUUUGUGUGGAAAUUUGCCACUUAGCAAGGUGAUUACACGAGAACUACAUGCGUGAAAUCUGCGUGUAAAAAAUACAUGAGAAAAUGCACACAAGUUUUCGGAAACUGCUUGUAAAAUUGUACACAUAGACUGCAUGCAUUUGACAACUUUUUUCGUUGCCUGAAAUCUGUGAAGUGAUGCACAGUGAUCUAUCACCGUCGAGCUGUACAAGUAUACUUUGAACAUUUGUCAUAUUUUGGGAAAAAAUCAGACUGAUUGUUUCUCUCACCAGGCAGCUGCAAAAUGACUGUCGAUUCAGUUUUUGAAUGCAACAUAUACAAAAUAUAUAGCCCAUCUAGUUUAUCUUUGUUCUUGUAAGGAAAACUGUAGCCUGCAAACAUACCUGUUUUCUACAUGUUCCUUGCUGUAAGGGUUUUUUGUCAAAAGAGAGAUGUCCAUACCAGUAUGACAGAAAUGCUAUAUGGUUGAAGUAAAUCACUGUUUACAGCAUUAAUCUGAAAGUCAUGGGGUUCCAAAUGUAAAUACGCUUGAUUUUAUGAAUUUUCUAGUCUAGUUUCGUAAAGUUUCAAGCUCUGCAAAAGGGCAGCCAAAAACCUAAAAUGUUCCUUAUAUUACUUGUUUUGUCUUAGAUUCUUAGAUUGCACAGGGGAAAAAUAGUGUUUGCCUACUACAUUCUUCCAGUCCGUAUUUCUCUAGAAAACUGCAUAUAUGUUUCAGAACACCAUCUGGUAAAAAGGUAUCUUUGUCUUCAUAUCCUGUGGCUAUUCCAUUUGAACCUCUCAACUUCUCUAUGAACUUUUGGAUCAUGACAUAUGCUAAAAGCAGUCUGCAAACAAACAUAACUAUUACGUAAUGUCAAAUAAAAAUUACUGAUAUUCCUUCUCUUGAGAAAACAAGAGGGAACAUACUGUAUUUUUUUACAAUAUUUUAAUGCCCAGACACAUGACAUACAUGUGUAUUUAUGAAACUGCUCUCUGUUAUAAUGAAAUUAGCAUGUUUAAAAUGUUAUUUUUAGACUUUUUAGUUAAUGGUUCACUUGUUAACAAGGGUGAUACUGACUACACACCUUCUUAAAUCUUAUUAAAAUGGUUCAUUUGUUUGUGAAUGUUUGAAACGUGCGUAGGUUUUCUCUAACAACGACUUUUAUUACACCAGGACUACCUGCGGUUCCCAAAUCGUAGCAGUGUAACAAGAGAGCACGUAAUGACUGCGCUCUCUGCUGUGGAGAGCUUCUAAUAGUUCGAGCAACUUAUAGCACCACCACAACACAAGCCAGGUUAGAUUGAAACUAACUUAUUGAACGUUCUUAUACCGUUCGUGUAAAGGCUGUAAUGAGCUUUGUUAUUUACUUAUUCAUUUAUUAUAAUUGCAUACUGUAUAUUAAUGGUAUUAUUUUUCUUAAAAAAAAAAAAAAAACACCAUUACCUUACGGAAUCAAAUUUGCAUUGUGGCAUGCAAGGACGGCCGGCAUCCAAUUUUUGGAAGUGAGGAACAAUAAAAUUUUCACCAUUGGUUGGAGGCUUGUUCAAAUUCUAAUAAGAGCCACUCAUUUUCACCGUGUUCAUCAAUUUUGGAUGGAAGAUCUCAAUUUUGCACCUUUUUGCUAAAAAGCGUAUUAUUUCCAUUAUUUAUUAGUUCCGUUAUUUGGAGUUGGGGCCGGUUUUUUUAUUCGAAUUAUUAUUAAAACGUUCAAGAUCUCUUUUUGAAUAGGUUGUUCCAAGUAGAAAAACAUUUUUCUGGUCUGCCAUCUUCCUUAAUGGAGUGAAAAAAUUGAUUCCUUAAUUAUUAUCACCGUGCCACGAGCAAGGGAGAUAAAAAUUCUAGAGCCCCGGCAAGAUUCGAACCCAUGGCCACCCAAAUCUCUCUAUUCAGUGAGCAACGGAGAAACUCUAAGUGCUAAGUUAAUAUUUUGGUCUCAAGAAUCCCCAAAUUUCAUUUACCGAGCUUUGAAUUUGCCAUCUGCGCAUGCCCCGCCAAUAUCUAAAGCUAUACGUUCCCCUUCCCUGAUAUAUUCUGUAGUCUAUAUGACGUUAAGCUGGAAACUGCCGUGAAGCAAGGAACAAGAUACGGAAAAGCCAAAAACAUCGAGGAGUGCGCAUGUCCUCCGGAAUACACUGGUACAUCUUGUCAGGUGUGUCUAUCAUAAUGUAAAAAAAGGUCAAUUACACAUCGGCUUUCAUCCGUUCGCCACACUUAUGUAUCACCUAUCUCUCAUUUCAUGCCUUAUUAACUUCUUUGGUGGAAAGCCCUUUUUUGGUUUGGGCAGUGUUAAUAAAGUGCAAUGCAAUGGAUAAGAAGCCCUUUAGCCUACUUUGGCAUUUUUAUCUAUUUAUGGAUUCAUUCAUUUUUAUUUAUUUAUUAUUAUUAUUAUUUCUUUUUUUCUGGUUAGCUAUUUUAGUCUUGACCUUGUACAACUUUCAACGACAUUCCUAUCUUUAUCAAGUGACUGAACCAACAGAAAAAAGGGACAUUUUAAAUUUAUGGAGUCGCAAUUUGUGAACAAAGAGAAAGGAUUAUGCAGGGUCAGACAGUUCCCAACAUAAAUGGAGGCACUGUUAUUUUGAUUUUGGUGUUUGUCAACUUUUAUAAACAAUCUCCUCUACUAACUAUCGAUAGUGUUUGUUUACCAGUUUCAGACUGCAUGUUGUGAAUAUGAUAUUUUCUUUUUAAGUGUCUGAUUCACAAGGCGAAGAAAUGUAUCCCUUGAGAACUCAACUAUCUCCUGGUAGAACUGGCGAAACUAGAACUCUUCUGUCUGAAUACAAGAUAUUUUUGAAACACUUUUUCCAUAGUUGUGUACUCUCUACCCUAACGUCCACAAUGACAAAAACCUGUAAAGUAAAAAUCACAUUGAGUCUACCAUGAUCUAAUCACGAGUGUGUUCAUUCUGCAGCAAUGUGCGCGAGGAUAUACGCGCUUGUGCCCGGGUCCAGAGUUCUCUCCUUGCGUACUGUGUUUCUGUAAUGGGCAUUCU